ACCCCCAUUCCCCCUUCUCCCAUCGGCCCCCGCGCCCGCACCAAGAUGGCGGCGGCCUGUGGCAUGCGGAGGGGCCUGCGCCUCCUGCAGCUGCGGGGACUGCGCACGGGGCAUGCCGCGAGGCAGCAGGAGGAGUUCCCGUCGCCGGCGGAGCGCCCCCAGUUCCCCGGCGCCUCGGCCGCCUUCGUGGACACGCUGGACUUCAUCCAGCCCAACGUGCUGGCUGGCAUCCCCGUCUACCGCGUCAUGGACCGCCAGGGCCAGAUCCUCAACCCCAGCCAGGACCCCCAGCUGCCCGCCGAGACGGUGCUGAAGCUCUACAAGACCAUGACGCUGCUCAACACCAUGGACCGCAUCCUGUACGAGUCCCAGCGCCAGGGCCGCAUUUCCUUCUACAUGACUAACUACGGGGAGGAGGGCACCCACGUGGGCAGCGCCGCCGCGCUCGACCCCACCGACCUGGUCUUCGGGCAGUACCGCGAGGCAGGGGUGCUGAUGUACCGGGGGUACCCGCUGGACCUCUUCAUGGCGCAGUGCUACGGCCACGCCGGCGACCCCGGCAAGGGCCGGCAGAUGCCCGUGCACUACGGCUCCCGUGACCUGCACUUCGUCACCAUCUCAUCCCCUCUCGCCACCCAGAUCCCCCAAGCGGUGGGCGCAGCGUAUGCCAUGAAGCGGGACAACGCUGAUCGCGCCGUGAUCUGCUACUUCGGGGAGGGCGCGGCCAGCGAGGGCGACGCUCACGCCGGCUUCAACUUCGCCGCCACGUUGGACUGCCCCGUGCUCUUCUUCUGCCGCAACAAUGGCUACGCCAUCUCCACGCCCACCUCCGAGCAGUACCGCGGCGACGGCAUUGUGGCACGUGGCCCUGGCUACGGCAUCCUGUCUAUCCGCGUGGACGGCAACGACGUGUUCGCCGUGUACAAUGCCACACGGGAGGCGCGGCGGCGCGCCGUGGCUGAGAACCAGCCCUUCCUCAUUGAAGCCAUGACCUACAGGAUUGGCCACCACAGCACAAGCGACGACAGCUCAGCCUACCGCUCGGUGGACGAGGUCGACUACUGGGACAAGCAGGACCACCCCAUCUCGCGCCUGCGCCACUACAUGCUGGGCCGCGGCUGGUGGGACGAGGCGCGCGAGAAGGCCUGGCGCAAGGAGUCGCGGCGCCAGGUGCUGGAGGCCUUCGAAGCAGCCGAGCGGCGCCGCAAGCCCAGCCCCCAGCUGCUCUUCUCCGAUGUGUACUGCGACACCCCCCCCGGGCUGGCGCGGCAGCGCGACGGGCUGGCGCGGCACCUGCGCCUCUACGGCGAGCACUACCCGCUCGCGCUCUUUGACAAGUGACUGCUGGCCCCGCCCCUGGGCUCCACCCACCUCCAGACCCCUCCCACUUUCGCCAGGCUACCUGCCAGCUCUGCCUGUGCCUGGCAGGCUCCGCCCAUUUUCUCAGGCCCCACCCACCCUAACAAGCUCCAUCUCUACCAGGCCUUCUGCCGUCCUUGCCAGCCACCCACCAUCGCAGCCUAGCAGACUCCACCCAGUCCUAGGCCCCACCCACUCCCCCAUGCUUCCAUCAGGCCCCUCCCACCUUCACCAGACCUGCCAGCCCUGCACAUGCCUGGCAGGCUCCGCCCCCUAUUGCCAACCCCACCCACCCAACCUAGCCCUACCUCCCCCAGGCUUCACCCACCCCACCUAGCCCUGCACAUGCCUGUCGGGCCCCACCCACACCUCCACUCUCACCUCCUGUUCCUCCGUCCCCUUGUGCUGCCAGUGGGGGGGAGCUGGGUCCUGGGACAGCCCGUCCUCCCCACACCGCUUGGCCAGUGGCUGGAGGUGUUGUUGCCCCCGGAGCUAGGAGGGUUGUGCCUCCCCCCCGCCCACCCUUGGGGGCCUGGAGCUGGGACUGGAGCUGCCAGGAGCAGCGUCACCAAUAAAGUUUGUAAGAACUGA